AUGAGACCGAUUGUUGAGUUGUUAACGUUGUCCCUUUUCGUUUUCUUGUGCCAAGUAGACUGUCUUUUUUAAAAGCUUGAUGUCUAGGGUGCCUAUGAAGACUCUAGGUGCAAGUGCGUAUGUGUUGACCAUUCUGUCCCGGAGAACCAUGACAAGAACUCGACUGAGCCUACUCGUGCCGUAUACGUAAAAUCUAUUCCAGCAGACAAAUGGUAGGUCAUUGGUUGUGCUUAUUUUAUCUCCUCCGCAAGUACUUGCCCUUUCAUGCUCGAAAACAAGGCAGAUCUAUGCCCCUACUGCGAUUGCAAAUACCAGGUUCGGAAUACAUCAACAAUUAAAGUGAGUCGUAGACUUUUUACGUAGUCCUGACGUAUAGUCAAAAAGCAAAGUCUAGCUAAUGCGUUGGAGGACUGUUAAAUGGGACCUUUUGUUUACUGUUUGGUAUUCAUGAUUUCUGUUUCACUUUCCCAUUCCUUUCUUCACUUCUUGUUACUGGGGUUUCUGUCAAUCGUCAAAGCUAACUAACCUCAGCUUUUUUCAGAGAACGCUUCCCCUUCUCCGCCCACCUAUGACGUAGUGAAUGCACCCUACGUGCUGGAGAGCGCCUAUGUCCUCAGAAAUAUAACCCUAUCUAUUACUAUAGUUUUAGGUUUCUCAUCUUUUUAUACUUUGAUUUAAUAAGUUAUCAAGUUUUUUCGCCAGUGCAGCUUUCCCUAAAUAGGUCUUUAAAGAUAACGAGCAACAUUUAAUAACUUCACAAGCAUCAGAGGGCACGGAGAGGGAUUUAUGCGUUUCGACGACGAUCUCUGAGGUCGUGUAAAAGAGUGGUUAUAGAAUAAUGAUUUAACUGACUCGCUGGAAAUUUAGGGAGUCUGAUUUGUGCGAACGUAGUAUGAGUUAGAGUUGUGGAAAUUGCCGAAGUUGUUACAACAGGUGGCGGGGUUGGCGGAUGGCAUGUAAGAAUACAUUUCAGUUAUAUCAAAAAGAAAUCUGUGGAAAAUGAAACAAUAGAUAGUAUUAUGCCCAGUUUAAUUGGUCCCAUCGGCAUCUUAUUUGGAGUCAGUUAGUCACACGUGGAAGCCGUGCAACUUUAUUCGAGUGGCGCUGUGCGAUCUGCAAUGGCAUAUCUGUCGAGGCCAGCAGAGGUCGCGAUUUGACGGCAUUGUAUGGUUGCCACUUUGGAUACUGUUACACUUCCCGAUCGGACCCUGAGACUUAUAGCCAGGGACGGAAGAGGACGUUGGGCUGUCCUUUACUUUUAAAAGAUACUGUGGCCGUAGUUGAUGUCGUACUUGUCGGGUGUCCACUCCUGCGGGCAAAACUUCCAUCGGCUAUAUUUGCCUCGUCAACACCAGCAUACUUUCAGGUCGUUCCAGUGACGUUAGGAAUUUCAGUAGUAUAUUUAUACUUACCCUCAAUGGUAGAAAGCCUGCCAAAUAUGAUCAAUGAUCAGGAAUAAAUACGCAAAUACGUGGAGCAAAGCAUGCGCAUACAGGGAGGAUAAUGAAAAUAGGGGCACGAUUUUUGCCACAUAUUAUUGUCAUUUUAAUACUCUAUAUUGUCUGGCACACGCGGCAUCACAGAGCGCAUCUUUCGGCUGUUUGUGAUCGUUUUCCCAAUAACAUUGGACCUCCACAUAUACACACUUGUCAUGGCCAGUUUUGUCAUGCGAAAUUCGUUGAUUAAUCUUUAAAAACCCUGUCCGCUCUUCUCGAUCACUGUACGAUAAGUUGCCAAAAUGCCUUCUUAAACUACACGCCCCUUUGGUGUCGUUCCGCAUUUUUUACACACAGUCACUAGGCUGUUAGAUCUUACGCAUGAAUUGUACUUUCACACUAAACCGUCUGUUUGCCUAUGCGUCUUUUGCUUAUGUUCGCUAUGACCUGCGAUGUAGAGUGCAUUCUGAUCCUUCUUAUUUAUUUCUUCAAAUCCGCGCUACUAUGCUGUUGGUAUUGCAACUCGGUCCCAGCACUCUGUAGAUGCUAAAUUAGCAUUAUCUUAAACGCCGAUGGAAUGUCUCUGGAGACACUAGAACGUUUGCCGCUUUGCUUGUUUCAUGGAGGCCAUUACUCAGAGGAUGCCGUAAUAAAGCUAACCUUAGAGAAGAAAGACUGCUUUAUACGUAUUAAUCCAUUAUCGAUUUUUACGUACAUAACAUUUCCCAGCGUUCACACCUCUUAUUAGAUGCGUUUUCUAAUUCCAGGUGGUUGUAUGCCUGAUUGUCGUCAUACUUUCCGCACUUUCGCUGUACCUGGUCUUCAUGUUGCUGUUGGAGCCAUUUCUUACUGCAAGGGGACGUAAAAUCAAUUUUGGCUCCUCUGCUUGCCGUCCAGGCACCUUACAGUCAAGGACCCUUCGUUCUUUUCGCAAUUACACUCCAUUUUCUAACUCCGAUCGGUUAGCCCAGAAAGGGCAGCCAGUGGGCGAAUACAACAGCAUGGGCGCCGACAAUUUAACAGGUAACCCUUUACGUUAG